AGCCAGCCUUCGUUGUCUUCUCCCGCCGGAGCCAAGCCAAGACUGGCCCAUUCCCGCUGCCUCAGCAGCGCUUCUUCUUGUCUUCUUUCUUCUUGCUUCCCUUCCGCCUCGCCGGCCAGAUCCCACUGGAAGCGCUGGACCGCGACCACCCGGCGCACCCUCGAGGGUUCCAUGAUCCACGCGGCUGGGCAGACACGAUAACUCUGUCGGCUCUCCACAGCCGCAGCUUGGCAUCUCGAUUGAUCGCACCACCUGCGAGGCGAGCGGCACCGCGCCGACAAGGCUUUCGAACCCUCACUUACACACACACACACACCACUGCCAUUGAAAUGAUGGAUCCUUCAAGCGAGGGGCUGCUGAGCCCCAGCGAAAAGAAGCACCGUCGGCAAUCGUACGAAUCGGAAGGCUCCGAUCUGGACGCCACCGAGUUCCUCGACGCCGACCCCUUGGGACGGACCGCUGUCGCAAGUGGUAGAGAAACAUCACCGUCAAGAGACGGCCGCUUCUUUAAGAAACCCGCCUUCCUCCAGCCUGGCGGCGGCAGCCGCGCCUGGUCGUGGCGCCGCCCAUUUUCCAACUGCCGCCGAUGCUGCAUCUUCAUCGUCGUCUUCAUCGUCGCCCUCUGGCUCCUGAUCGGGGCUGGCGGUGCCGUCGUCUACAAAAAGUUCCAGGAAGAGCCGCCAUAUGGCCAGUCGCCCCCCUGGUAUCCGACGCCUCAAGGUGGCUCUACCAAGUCGUGGGCAUCGAGCUACGCCAAAGCAGAGAGGCUCGUAUCGCGCAUGACCCUUGCCGAGAAGGUCAACGUCACCACGGGUGUCGGAUGGUCCAUGGGCCCGGCUGUCGGCUCCAACGGCCCCGCGAGCAUCGUCGGCUUCCCACAACUGCACUUGCAGGACGGCCCCCUUGGCAUCCGCUUUGCAGACAAUGCCUCGGCAUUUCCGGCUGGUGUCACUGUCGCCGCAACCUGGAACCGCAAACUGAUGUACGAGCGCGGAAAAGCCCAUGGCGCCGAGGCUCGGGGCAAGGGAAUCAACGUUCUCCUGGGUCCUUGCGUCGGCCCGCUCGGCCGCAUGCCUGCCGGAGGCCGCAACUGGGAGGGCUUUGGCUCGGACCCUUACCUACAGGGAGUCGCGGGCGCCGAGACCGUGCGCGGUAUCCAGAGCGAGGGCGUCAUGGCCACUAUCAAGCACUUUAUCGGAAACGAGCAGGAGCACUUCCGCCAGCCCUGGGAGUGGGGGCUGCCGCACGCCAUCUCGUCCAACAUUGACGACCGCGCCCUCCACGAGCUUUACGCCUGGCCCUUCGCCGACGCCGUCAAGGCCGGCGUCGCCUCCGUCAUGUGCAGCUACAAUAUGGUCAACAACAGCUACGCCUGCUCCAACUCCAAGCUGCUCAACGGCAUCCUCAAGGACGAGCUUGGCUUCCAGGGCUUCGUCGUGAGCGAUUGGCUCGCCCAGCGUGCCGGUGUCGCCAGCGCCCUGUCAGGCCUCGACAUGACCAUGCCCGGAGACGGCCUCAAGUGGGCUGAAGGCAAGUCGCUUUGGGGUCCUGAGCUCACCAAGUCUGUCUUUAACGGCUCCGUCCCGCUCGAGCGCCUCAACGACAUGGUCACCCGCAUCGUCGCGUCGUGGUAUCAGCUGGGUCAGGAUGACCCAGCUCGAUUUGACGGCAAAGGCCCCAACUUCUCAUCCUGGACCGAUGACAAGUAUGGCGUCACCUCGCCUGGCAGCCCCACGCCGCAGGACAAGGUCGAGGUCAACAAGUUUGUCAACGUCCAGGCCAACCACAGCACCAUUGCCCGCCAGGUCGCUGCCGAGGGCAUUGUUAUGCUCAAGAAUGAUAAUGUUCUGCCCAUCAGCCGGCUGGGCUUCACCGACGCCAAGCGUGAUCUGCGCCGUAGGCACGAGGGCAAGCUCAAGAUCGGCAUCUUUGGUGAGGACGCCGCCCCCUCGCCCGACGGGCCCAACGGCUGCAAGGACCGCGGUUGCAACAAGGGCACGCUUGGCUCCGGCUGGGGCAGUGGUGCCGUCGAGUUCCCCUACCUCGUCAGCCCCGUCGAGGUCCUUCGCAAGGGGUUUGACGCGUCCAAGGUGACCCUUUCCGAGUACCUGACCAACACGCCGCCUUUCAGCAAGGACAAGGCGUCCGCUGACACGGACGUGUGCAUCGUCUUUGCCAAUGCCGAUGCAGGCGAAGGCUUCCUCAAGGCCGAAGGCGUCAGCGGCGAUCGCAACGACCUGCUGCUGCAGAAGGGAGGUGACGAGCUGGUGUACCAGGUGGCUAAACACUGCGGCGGUGGCCAGGGAGAGGUUGUCGUCGUCGUUCACAAUGUCGGCCCCGUCGUCAUGGAGCGCUGGAUCGACCUGCCGACCGUCAAGGCCGUGCUGCUGGCCAACCUUCCAGGUCAGGAGAGCGGCAACGCGCUGGCUGACGUCAUCUUUGGCGAUGUCAACCCGUCUGGCAAGCUCCCCUACACCAUCGGCAAGUCCCUCGAAGACUACGGCCCCGGCGCCAAGGUUAUGUACAUUCCCAACGGCGUCGUGCCGCAGCAGGACUUUAAGGAGGGCGUCUUCAUCGACUACCGCCACUUUGACCGCGCUGGCAUCAAGCCGCGCUUCGAGUUCGGCCACGGCCUGUCGUACACCUCGUUCGAGUUCGCCAACAUUUCCGUCAAGGAGCAGAAGCCCAAGUCGCCCUUCCCCGCGCCGCGCCCGGCCCCCGGCGCCACUCCGCCCAAGUACAGCACCAACGUUCCCGACGGCAGCGAGGCUCUGUGGCCCGCCGACCUGCGCCGCCUCGACAAGUACGUCUACCCGUACCUCGACGAUGUUGAGGAGCUCAUCACGGACCGCUACCCGUACCCGGACGGCUACGACAAGCCGCAGCCGCCGUCGCCCGCCGGAGGAGACGAGGGCGGCAACCCGGACCUGUGGGACACCCACGUCACCGUCUCGGCCACCAUCAGGAACUCGGGCGCGCGCGACGGCCAGGUCGUCGCCCAACUCUACCUGUCGUACCCGGCCACGGCCCUGCCCGGCUCCCGCGUCGCGCCCGCCGGCUCCCCGCCGCAAGUUGAUAUCAUGGUAGAGCUUCCCGUCCGGGUCCUGCGCGGCUUCGAAAAGGUUGCCGUCGCCAAGGGCCAGUCGGUCGAGGUCGAGUUUGACGUGACGCGCCGCGACCUCAGCUUCUGGGACGUCGAGACCCAGAACUGGAAGAUGAUCACCGAUGGCUCCUACACUUUUUCCGUCGGCCAGAGCUCCCGCGACCUCCCGCUACAGGCAAAGUGGUAGCGGCCUCUGUUGUAUAAAGUUCCACGUGGGGACGGCCCCUUGGAUCGUGUGGCUUGGAUAUAUGGAGCGAUGUAAUACGGCUGGCAUGGCUGUGGCUGCAGUAUAUUUUUGUGUUUCUUUUCUGGCGUUUCGGUAUUUUGCUGGUCAGCUGGUUUUGUACGUAGCUUUGGAGCGUGAAAAAAUACAGUGCUUCGAGCGUCUUCCUCUUGCAACAUGAUUGCCAUACUGUCCGGCCCAUACUCUCACACGGUGAGAACAAUUUCCA